ACUCGCUGGAAUGGCCGAUGGUCAUUUUUCUGGUUGGGGUCCCUCUAGUCGCUUCGAUCAUCUUCUGGAUUCCUUGUUUUUAAAAAGACCGUCCUAUUUAUGUGCUUCUUUGGCUUUUUACGGGGGAUUUGCAUUACGGUCGGCUAUCACCGUCUCUGGGCACACAAAUCAUACGCGGCUAAGCCCUAUCUUGAAACUACUGUUCGCAAUAAUCGGCGCUGGUGCUGGAGAAGGCACGAUCAAACAAUGGUGUCGCGAUCACCGCGCCCACCCUCGCUACGCCGACACGGAUCACGAUCCAUACAAUGUACAAAGGGGGUUCUUUUAUGCGCACAUCGGCUGGAUUAUAUUCAAGAAGAGCCCGAAAUCUACAGGGAACUAUUACGACUGGCCAUGUGGAUAUUAGCGAUAUCAAUUCCGUCGCCCAUCUAAUGGGCUCACAGCCGUUUCAAUCGACUAAACCUCCUCCAGAUAAUCCGUUCGCCGCGGUAUUGACCCUCG